AAAUGAGAGAAUAGCAAUGAAUGUCUGUUGUAUAGUCUUGUUGUCCAUUGUACAUAAUAUAGUCAUGGACCUACACUGUACUGAAAUAACUACUUGGGAAAACAAAUUUGGGAAGACCGGCCGGGAUACGGUGGUAACGGUGCCCCCUUGCCUAGCCAAAUUAAGCCAUCUGGCGAAGAAGAAAAAUCUCCUGUCUUCAAACGAAAACCCUAAACAUCCAACGAAUACUGCUUCAGGAUUUGUAAGUACUGGAAAAAUGCCUGGUCUAUUGUCUCCUAAUCAAGAUCAAUCUUCUGAAGAUUCAGGUGCAGAAACUACCUCGAUUGAUAGUUUUCCUGGGAAAUCAUUGGAUUUGAGUAUUAAAUGGUUGCAACCAUGUCUUGCUGAGUUGAAUAACUCGAUACCUGGUUUUGGCAACUUCAGUGAUGCUGACAAAGGGAAACUCAUCAUCAACAGGUUUUUGUUAUCUGACAUGAAGUUGUCUUGUGGUGGCGGCCAUGGUAUGCUUCCUAAGGAUAUUGACACUCAACAUGAUAUUGUUCUUCGCGAUGCUCUUGUUCUUCAGGUUAAUGAGAUAGUUGAUAUAUCUUAUAAUCCAGAUCAAAGACUUGUGGGUGUACCUCCAGGGUUUCAGAGGGUGCUUAUGUUGUCUAUGACUGAUGGUGUUCAAUGUGUAUAUGCCAUAGAGGACAGACCUAUCAAAGAUCUUCAAGUUUUUGCUCUUGUUGGUUUCAAGGUUCGGGAUGGGUAUCUAAUGCUGGAGCCUGGACACUUGAAAGUACUUGGUGGAAUGGUGGAACAUUUGGAAGUUGAACGUCAGAGAUCAAAAGAAUUUUUAAGAAUGCGAGAUUCGAUAAAGGCUACACCUACACCUGAUAGUUGGAAGCGUAAUGGUGCUGACAAUUCAACUUGGCAUGAUGCAUUUUCCUUUAGACCGUAUAUCCAAGAUCUGGUGGAGAAGAUGGAUGUCAUACCAUCCUUCCGGAGGAAAAUCAAGGAAGAAGCAUUACCGGAUUCAAAGGAGGUAGAGGAAGAUGCUGCAGUCCCCAAGAACCGGGAUCCAGAGCUCGCAGAUAAGCAAUCAGUUGGUCAGCAGAAAGAGAUUGCGGGGGUAUUGGAUGCUGGGAACACAUUUCGGGCAAACACCACUUGUGAGGCAGACACCACUUAUGAGGCCUCAUUGGAGCAAUUAAAUGCAAUUAUAGCAGCUGCUGAAACCACUUGUGAGACUUUAUUGCGUCAAAUACAAAAAAUAUGGGAUGAGGUUGGUCAGUGUGAACCUGCACGAAAAAGGAUGCUGCAUCAGUUAAAACAGGAGUGCUUGGAUGUUUGCAAGAGAAAAGUUAAUGCACAAUUGGAGCAAUUACAACAUACCUCUAGCCAAUCUCAUGCCAUGGAUGAUGAAUGCCACAAGAUAUUGCUUCAAAUACGACAUGAAUGCUUGAGUGUUUACCAGAGAAAAUUUGAUCAAGAUGAGAAGUCAAGAGACAACCUUCUCGAGGCGAUGAAUCUUGAGAAGGAAAAACUUAUUAGUCUUGCUUCAGUUCUCGGAGAGGAAGUUGUUUACCCAACGAGUCAGCGGUAAUGAAGAAACAAUUGUCAGAUAUGCUUAUAGAAGUAGAGUGACUACAGUUGUUGAAAGAUGCACGGGAGGAGAAGUUUGCUGAUGUACAAUCACAGAUUCGAAAGAUACUUGAAGAAAUUGAGGGGACUCCGAAACUUCCAGAACAGUCAAAGGCUCUCGCAGUUGAUGCGAAAGACUUGUCGUUGAAAGCGUUAGAAGCAUUGCAAACUCAACUCCUGGAGCUUCAGGUUUUUUGUUUGUUACAUUGUCUGGACUUAGCCUACUGUUUUAACACUACUUCUGCUAAGUUGUUGAAGUAGAGUCAGUAUUUUGUGAGAUAAGAAAAGAGAAGAUGAAGGGGCUUGAAAAGGAGAAGGAGAUGGCUCGCAUUGAAACUGAUCCAGACGCUGCUCGAAGAAAAAUAACGUCUCUCUUCGACAACAGUGGAGUAAUGUUGCGCCAGGUUAAAAAUUGGAUGUCAGCAUGCAAAUUAUAUAGUUGGCUGGAAGACUAUAAUCAGUUUUUUCUAUGGCAUCAUCUAUGGAUUGCAUACGUUGAUUUUGAUUUUUUGCUGAAACGGGAAGAGAACAGUUAUAGCCCCAGCACAGGGGGUGCGAUCGAAAUUCCAGCCAAGACUCUGGUGUGUGAGGUGGAUUGUCAGACUGAUGAGUAUGCUAUGAGAGGCAAGAAAAACCGGCCAGGAUUCGGCGCCCCCUUGCCUAGCCAAAAGAAAAAGAAAAUCUGAAUGUCUGUUUCAGUCAGCCAUCUGAAUUUCUGUUUGGUGGAAUCAUGGGUGUGCACAAGUGGUAUCACUGUCAAACAAGAAAAAGAAAAUCUCAU